AUGCGGCGUUUUAAUGUUGUCAUUACCCCAGUGCUUUUCUGCAGCAAUUCACAGUUUCUUCUACCGUCUCUCGCCUCGUCCCAGACAACCCCCAGUGGCAAUUUAGUAUAUGCAGUACGGCAGAAAGCCUCAUAUCUCCGUGUUGCCAAUCGCAAACGUGUGGAGAUGUUUCUUGGUAAGCGAUUUCAUCUUCCAACGCGAUUACAGACAGCAGCCCCGGAUAUUGCACAAGAGUGGGAUCAUGAUAAAAAUCCCAUGCAUCUUUACCCUGAAAUUGUUGGCAUUGGUUAUGUUGCUCCAGUAUGGUGGAAGUGCUCCACAUGUCAGCAUUCUUUUUCAAUGAGUGUAGAAAAGCGUGUUGUGCGGGGUGGUGGAUGUCCACAGUGUGAGAUGCAAGAAACAACAAAUGAUAUCGCGAUUAAAGAAGGUGAGAAUUUACUAGAGGGGGAAGAAAACAAAGAAUUACGACCUAAACGACCAGUGAUGUUUAACUUAAGAACAAAGUAUUGA